AUGACAGUCACGCAGAAACACGAAGAUCUUGAUGUUGUGCCUUGUUGGAUAAAUGGGAAGGCGGGCCCUCUCGAUACCAACAACCUGAUUGAAGUCUCCUCUUCGGCCAAAGGGAAGAAGGUCUACUAUGCACAAUCGGCAUCGGCGGAAACUGCGAUGGCAGCAGUGGAGUCGGCGGCGGAAACUUUUAAGAGCUUCAGCCAGGUGCCAUACAACAAGCGAAGGGAGUUACUGCUGAAGGUGGCUGAUGUCUUGGAAAGCCGCGUGGAUGAGCUGGCUCUAUAUCAAAUGGAGGAAACCUCCUGCCCGGAGAUGUGGGGACGAUUCAAUGUCAUCCUCGCAGCCAAAGCAGUGCGAGAGAUUGCAGCUAACAUUACCAUUGCUUGUACAGGAGAAAUGCCUCCACCAGAAACCGCGGACGCCUUUUGCCUUGUCUAUAAGCAACCCAUCGGACCCGUGCUGAGCAUGGCGCCCUGGAAUGGAAGUAUUAUUCUGUCAUGCAGAUCUCUGGCAGCCCCACUUGCAGCUGGAUGUACUGUUCUCUUCAAAGCCUCUGAACUCUCUCCGCGAACUCAUCAUGGAGUUGUCGAAGCAUUUCUCGCCGGUGGCAUUCCUGAAGGAGCCCUCAACCAAAUUCAGGUCAAACGUGAGGAUGCCACGUCCAUCACCGAAAUGAUCAUUGCCCAUCCAGCCAUUCGUAAGGUUGAAUUCAUCGGCAGUACCGCAGUGGGACGGUCGAUCGGCCAAGUCGCAGCGAAGUACCUCAAACCCAUUUUGAUGGAACUCGGAGGCAAAGCUCCUGCAAUUGUACUCAAAGAUGCAGAUCUCGAAAGAGCUGCUGCCCUCUGUGUCCAAGGGGCGACUAUGCAUCACGGUCAAAUCUGCAUGUCAACCGAGCGAAUCAUUGUGGUGGAAGAGGUCGCAGCAGAGUUUAUAAAGCAUCUAAAUGAUGCUGUAACGUCUUUGAAGGGAGAUGCAGGUUUUGCCGUCACCAAGGCAAUGGCCAAAAAGGCACAAAAGCUAAUAGAUGACGCACUGUCACACGGUGCCACUUCUUUAGUCGGUGGUAACCAAGAGCGAGGAGACAGCGGUGCCGCCCUUGUGCCAACUUUCAUCACUGGAGUUAAGUCUGGGAACCCUAUCCAUGAUGUUGAAACCUUCGGCCCGUCAGCAACCGUGUACGUGGUGGCGGAUGAGAAGGAGGCAAUCGAAACAGCUAACGAUAGUUCAUACGGACUCACGGGUGCUAUCCAUACGAACGAUAUUUUGAAAGGCCUUCGUUUAGCAAAACAGAUGGAAGUCGGACUAGUCGCAAUCAAUAGUAUGACUUUAUGGGAGGAAUCUCCAGUUCCGAUGGGAGGAGUCAAAGGGAGCGGCUGGGGCAAGAAUAAUGCCAGGUUUGGAAUAGAGGAGUUCCUCAUUCAGAAAGCGGUGGCGAUUAUCGCCGCAGCUGGACAACCUACUUUUGGAGCGAGCUAA